AUGGAUUGGACUAAGAAGGUGUCCAGGCUUAUGCCAAACUGGAAGCGUGAAGUAGAAUUAAGAAAUCUCGGUUACAAGGUUCAUGGCAAUCCUUUCUCAACCAACACAAGGCGUGUUCUCGCUGUGCUCCUUGAGAAAGGGCUCUCUUACGAGGCCAUUACCUUACUUGUAAUGUGUUUUUUAUUGAUGCAGCCUUUUGGUCAAAUCCCAGUUUUUGUAGAUGGGAACAUUAAGCUGCAUGAGUCUCGAGCCAUAACACAAUACAUCGCAUAUGUUCAUAGCGCAAGAGGCACACAACUACUGUAUCUUCAAAGCCACGAGACAAUGGCAAUACUAACAGUGUGGAUGGAAAUCGAAGCUCACCAGUUCGAUCCAUUUGCAUCGAAACUCACUUGGGAGCAAGCCAUUAAGCCUCUCUACGGUCUAGAGGCUGACCAAGAGAUCGUCAAAGAAAACGAGGCUAAUCUAGAGAAGGUUCUAGAUGUCUACGAGAAACGACUCGGAAAAUAUAGAUUCUUGGCUUGUAAUACCUUUACUUUGGCUGAUCUUCAUCACUUGCCCAAUAUACAAUACCUUUUGGGAACUCCAACAAAGAGAUUGUUCGAAGAUCGACCUAAAGUGCGUAAGUGGGUGGGUGAGAUUACGGGUAGAGAGGCUUGGAAAAUGGCUUGUGAUCAUGAAAAGUAUUGGUUUGGUAAGCAAAUGAAAUAAAUGAAAGCAAAAGAAAAACAGUGUGGGAAUGUGAUUGUGUGUUAAUCGUACUUUGGCCGCGGUUUGUAAGCUUGUGGUUGUUUGCUGUGUGGUGAAUCUUAUAAGAUUCAUUGUGUUUCGUGUCUGUAUACGUAUGAUGCAUGUGUGAAUAAAAUGAAUAAUAAUAACAACUACAUAUAUUCCUUCAUCA